GGCUGGCGCUGCCGCAGGGCUGCGUUGGCGUGCAGUGUCCGCUGCCGGCGGUGCUGUCGGAGCUGCGGGGGCGCUACAUCCUCGUUGCAUGGGAUGCGGAGGUCAGCGGAGGCGGCGGAGAGAGGAGCAGGGGCCAGGUGCUGCUGCUGGGUCGCGCCUCCCACUGCGUCGCCUCCCUGGAGCACGCCCUGCUGCACAACCUGCCGCUGGAGGGCGCCGACCCCACCCUGCUGCGCGACCUGGCGGACACCCUCUCGCUGCUGGCCGCCCUGUGCGGCCUGGAGCCAGCCCUGGCUGCCGACCUCCUAACGCAGUCCGUGCUCUUCGCCUCGGGCGUCACCCGCUCCUGGACGGAUGUCGUGGCGGGGGUGCUUGCAAUCGGACCGCAGCUGGCAGCCAGGAUGGCGGUAACGGCGACGUCAGCGGCGGGCGGCGCAGCGCCUUCGGCGCUGCGGCUGCUUGCCGACGCCGCGCAGCUGUUGGCGGCCAUGGCGGCACUGGAGCCGG